AUGCUGGGCCAACUCCCAGCAGAGAUCCUGUUUGAGCUUGACAAGAAUACUUUGAUGAACCUUUACCAACUCUGCCGCCGAUUCUACUCUAUUGCUGACUCCCAGCUGCGCGAGAUAUAUCGAACGAAAACGUUCUCUUUGAAUACCGACUUAACGCUAUCCCGGAGCGUUGACAGGCGCACCCUGAAGUUCAUUAAAGAUCUGGUUUUCGUACCCGCAUUUAAAGAUGGCCGAGGCCUAGGUUGUUUUCGAGAAAGCAUUCCCGGUUUAGCUCUCGACGAUAAGCGUGAUAAUGAGGUAGAGUGUGCUUUGAUGCCAGUGUUCCGGGGAUUGCGAAGAGAUAGCCUCAAGAAUAUAGAAUAUCUGGCACUCAAGACUACGGCUUGGCGCAAAGACCACGCUAAACAGCACAAAUUAUCUAUCUCACGAUUCCAUAAAGUUCGAAGCCUUUCAUGGCAGGGCGUAUGUAUGGUCAACCAUUGCAUUGCGCUGGCCGAAUUCUUCCAAACCAACGCCCAUCGCCUAGAAGAACUCGAGCUGAGCUUUGGUUCCCAGAUUUACGCCAGUCUCCGCGAGUGGAGAGACCUUCAAAAGGAUUAUACUGUUGCCAGGAACGCCUUUGUAUUUAAGAUCCUACAGUUGGACCAGGGCCAGACGAAAACCGUCUUUCCGAAAUUGAAGAAGCUGUCCCUUGGCCAUCUGCAUCGGCUCCGAGCAUUAAAGCUCCGUGAAAGUACAGCAAUUGUGGAAUUGCUCAGUACUAUCGCGACAAUCACGAGCCGCGUAGAACUGAUUUCACUCGACAUAGAGCUUGGCUCAACUAGUGACCUGGACACUGAAGCAUUCCAGAGGUUUUUUGGGCUUUCAUUCCCCAACCUUGAAGAUGUGUUUAUACACGUGGACGCCACGGACGACAGGUCAACCAACUUGCACUGGAGGUCGGUUUUGGCACAUGACCGGCAAAUCAACCGUUUUGUGUACAGUCGGCGGCAUCAAGUUCAGGGAGACACUAUGAGCGAGGCACCAAUGACCCCAUUCAACACAACUGAGGCCUUAGAUGGAGACAUUCUGGCACUACCGAGUGUCGUAAAUCUCAAGUGCGUUGCCAUAUGUGACAACUUAUCAACACUGGCCACUAGACUGUCUAGGACCCCAGCACUUAAGUGGGAGAUAUUGAACAUCCGCUCGAUUUCCGAGUACACUCACGGCAACCCGCUAAGCUUCGAAAUGAUAAACGAUAUGAUCGCAAGCUUUUGCGCUCUCUUCCCGGGCCUUUCUUUCAAUAUCAGCAGAAUGCAUCGUUUCAGCCCUAGAGAACUGGGGUCCCUCCUUGGAUUUGCGUGCUGGGCCUUCGGGCCCAGCGGUCUACCAAAACUUGAUCUUUUGGUCUAUGGAGAGGUUAAAGAUCUGUCGGAGCCUUCAUUUGACUACAUCUGUCUAUGCCGCAAUACAACGGCGCUCGUGGGAUGCGUUCCGUUUCGAGUGUUAGAGAUAGAUAAAAGUGCUGACGGUGAUGUGGAGUUACGGGGGAAGAUAAAAGCAAAUGCUGAGUUCUUGGAAACGAUGCCGUCUUCUCCUUGGGAUCCCAUGCAUUGAAAUCCCAAGGUAGGAAGGAGCCAGCUAGAUAAUGUCCAUUGCACCUGCUUUGUGAAUUUGGGAAUAAACAUAUAGAUCAGGAAGGAGCGACGGAGUGGAGUAUACUUGGAAUAGCUUGAUAGAAAGAUAAAUAUAUUUCAUCUAAACUAGGACAAUAGAUAGGGUAAACUGCCAUCCAAUCCUUUUAGGCAUUAUUUCAUCUCGCCAAUCGUAGUCAUAGCAUGGCGUCCGUAGAUCAUGA